AGGCACUUCGGCUCAGGGCUACCUGGCUCGGCGCAUACCUGCCCGGGCUACUACCGCACGAGAACUGCAGCGCUGUCUGCGAAUACCUACGUACGGCUCCCCGGAGCCCACCAUGGCGCGCCGCGGCUCCGCGCCUCCGCUCGCCACCGCCCUUCUGGUGUUGCUGCUGAUCGGCUCUGCGGAGGGCAGGCGGGUGGCCGAGGCCAUCGAGUCGCACAGGCUAGAGGUCGCCAGCGGCUCCAGCCUUGCAGGCCGCGGGGCACAGUCGGGCGCCGUGGCCCUGGCCGCUGGUGCUGGCCGCGGGGCACAGUCGGGCGCCGUGGCCCUGGCCGCUGGGGCUGGUGGCGACCCCAUCUUCUUCGCAACGGCCGUAGGGCUCUCGACGCUCGCCAACGUGGCCAACGUGGCGCUGCACGCGGUGCGCAUCUCGCGCCUGCAGGGCACGCACGCGGAGCUGCGCACGGUCCAGGAGCAGAUCUUCGACGAGCGCGCCGACGCUUGCUUCUCGGUGCGCUCCCUCGAGGUGCAGUCCGACCUGCUCACGCGGGCCAUCGAGGCGUUCGUGGAGUUCACCGGGGCGCGGGUUCCUGAGACGGCGUGCCCGCUGUCCAUCUCUGGCGGGAAGGUCGGGUGUGUCAGCACGCUCAACGCGACGGCGGCGAAGGUGAUCGCUUCCGAUGCGGCGCGGCUCUCGAAGUCUCUAGUGGUGGUGAACAGUCACCUGCGGCGUGCAAUGGGUGCAGCGGUGCAGUCUGCGUGCCACUCCGCUGCGAGCGGUGAAAUCAUCCUACAGGUUAACGUCGACAAGCUGAGCGAACAGAUUAAGCAGGCGCAAGCGGAUCUCAUGUCCGCGAGCGUUUGCUUCAUGACUGGCCUCACAUUUACGGUAUUGGAAACCAUGCAACACGCUGGCAGCGAGCAUGCUGGAGUGAAAAUUGAUUUUGAAGGCUUGGAAGACAAAAUCGAAAGGGGCGAUGUGUUAAUUCAUUCCCUUAUGGGCCUCGCGCAGCUGUCUGUGGGAAAGACGAAGAUACCCGAGGGCAUCUCAAAGGAAACAUGGAACACCAUGAUGGUGGGACUCGGGAUCAUGUGGAAGGCCGCCACGGCGAUCGCGCUGGCCGUGCAGAACGUCGCAGUGGUCGGUAUUAUCGUGGAGCUGGACUAUAUCCUCCAGACCCUUUACUUUCUGAUCACGGAUGAGCACCCCGAGGGUCUUAAGGUUGCCGUCGAGGUUCUCGAACUGGUGAACUCUGUCCUCCGCCUGGUGAACGAUUGCCUGUCGCUUGCGAGCCCCGACGGCAAAGGCAGCCAUGCUUUGCACCAGGUGACGCUUGCGGUUGAGACGCUUGCCGCCAUCCUCCGGCUCGCGAAGACGUCGCUGCAGCUGCAGCUCGAGCAGGGCCAGCAGCCCAAGCUGAUUGCGCAGGCGCAGGCGGGGAAGAGCGAGGCGGCGCUCCUACGGAGCUACGGCACCUGCAACGCGCUGGGCACCGCUUGGACGCUCUCCGGUAUUGCUGGCUCCUUCAUCAAAGAGGUGGGGGUCGCCGGCGGUGUGUCUCUGCGUGACCUCGACGAGAGCCUCCUGUCAAAGGUCUACGAGCGGUAUGUGGAGGAACGGCCCUCUCUAGCAGCGAAGGUCCUGCGGGAGGCCUUGUCCUUGGGCACCGCGGCAGUCACCGAGGAGCUCCUUCAGAGGGCCGAGGCGCUCGCAAAGUUGGCGCCGAUCACGGAUUUUGCGGUCGCGUCGGACGAGCAGCAGUUAAAGGCGUUGGGCGCGCUUGGCUUCCAGCCCGUCAGCACCGUCUCCAGGAAGGCGCGUUUCUUGGUCUGCCGUGGCUGUGGCGAUUCCGUCAUCACAGGCAUGAAGGUGGUCGUCGACGACGACAUGUUCCAGGACUUGGAGCGGAACUUCAGCAGCGCCCCGGAGCACUUCGGUGACCUUCGCAUGCCAAGCGGCUCAACGCUCAAUUUCGUGCAGUUGCCCAGGGAGGAGGGCUUCUCCAUGCUCGCGUUCGCGAAGGUGCCGCGGGCGGCCCUUGCAGAUGGCGCGAUGCCCGUGCUCUUCGACAUGCGCGAGGAGGUCUUUGCGACCGAGGCGAGGAAGAUGGAGGACGGAGCACCGGACAUCUUCCGAGAGAAGGCCAUGGCCAUCAUGAAGAGCAACGAGGUUGAGGUGCUCUCGUGGAAGACGGAUCAGACGCACGUCGACGCACUCGAGGACAUGUUUCUCAACGGGGGCCGCUGCGAUGCGCACCCGGUCAAGCUCGACUUUGGGUAUUUGGACGUCCUGGCAGGCCGUUUUCUCCUGGCGUCCCCGGGCGUGCUCGGAGAGAAAUCACCUUUGCGCAACUUGGUGCCUCGCGGCUUGUUUCAGCCAGGGCGCUUUCUCACGGUGACGAGGGGGUGCGGCUGCAGAAUGGGCCGCUUGGGCAAUCCGUAUCGUUCGGGGGCUUCGGACAGCUUGGCCAAGUGGUGGAUGGCGAUCGAGGACGGCAAGCACAGCAAGCACAUGCAUCAAGUUCAGCGCUGCCAGUGGCGCUACGACAUCUGGAUCUCUGAAGAGCCCCUGGUCGACGUCGGCGCAGCCAAUGCUGAUGAUGAUGCGGACCUCGGCUGUGCGAUCUCCUACGCAUCCAGGAGUCUCCCGGAGCCGGUGGACGAUUUGACGCAACUUGUACUUGUGACAGGCUAUGAUCAGCCGUCCCGCAUCAUGUGGGAUUGGGAGAUCAGUGACGAGUACGGAGUCGGGCCUCUGUUCCGUGGCUCCAGGCUGCUCUACAGCUCGCCGGAAGCCAGGGUGGGCCCUGCUGGGCGCCCGCUGGCGAUCGACGACGACGGGUGCGGCUUCGAUUUCCUGUUCCAGGUCUGGAGGAGACCUCCCGCGGAGCCGCAGCCCUCCAGCCGAGAGGCCGACGACUCGCACCUCGCGGGGCAGGACAUGGUGAUGGCUUUCCGAGCCAACCUCGGCUCUGUGCUGUGCUCGGCAAAAUGUGCGUUCCGUGACUUGGAGGACGUCCCGGAGGCACUGGGCCGGGUCCUCGGCGUGUCGCGCCCCGCGGCCCCCCUCCCGCGCUUCGUGCCCCACAAGCGCGGCGCGGCGGGCUUCAAGGGCUGCGACCACGUGCAGAAGAUGCUCCUGCCGAAGGGGUUCCCCACAGACUUGGCCAGCUUCGGCCAGAACGGCCUCGGCCAGCUCACCACGAACGACGAGGUGGCAAGAGGGGGGCUCUUGGGCAAGAUCGAGCUGAUCUACAGGGAGGAGUGCGACUUUGAGGCGACGCUCCUGUUGCAUCCUGCGCCAUGCUCGGAGGGGUACAUGCCCGACCUCCGCCUCAACUCCUCGGGCAUCGUGGAAGAGAUUUGCUUGCCAUGGGCGGUCGGCGGCACAAAGUUGACUCCGCUUCACCGCUAUGCAGUAACAUGGGACUUGUUCCACCAUGACAGAGACAGCCUGCGGGAUGAGGAGAAGGAGGUCGAGGGUGGCUUGAUCGAAGCUGGCUUCAGCCGUUGGGGCGAUACGAUGAUGCUCGAGACCCCGGAGCUCAACACAGACAUCUGGUUCUGGAGGAGGAGCCUCCGCCAGCGCAUCUUCGUGCAGCGGGACCCGCGCGUGACCACGGCCCCCGGCCUCGAGGUGUGCGGCGAGCGGCCCUCGCGCCCGGCCCCGGCGGCCCCGCCGGAUCCGCGCUGAGCCCCCGCGCGAGGGGCCGCGCGGGCGCGGGCGCGGGGUGCCGCGCGGGGGGAAGAGUCGGAGGUGGACAAGACCUCCUACCCUGACGCGUCGAUGAAGGAAUUGGCCGCUUUCGAUGGAGGAAAAAGAGCAUGCGUCUCUCGGACGUGUGUUCUUUUUGUCCUCGGCCGGAGAACCCGAUCUUCUUCACGCCGGCAGCGCCGCCGCAUCGCCGAUGCAUCUCCCACUCUGCGGGCUCCGACCCCAUUGGUUAGCAGCCUGGAACAUAUCCCUAUCCAUAUGCUGGGCAUCUCCUCAUCACGAUGCCAAUCUUAGGGAUUCCCUUAUUUUUUGAGGGCGCAUCCCUAAGAUUGUCAUCGCCUUUUGGCGUGUCCAUCUUAGGGAUAGGGGCAAGUUCGAGGCUGGUAAAUUAGCUCGGAUCCCGCUCAGGAGGCCUUCUUGCUACUUCGGCAGCAGGCGCAGUGUUCCUUUUACCUUUUGCCAGAUGACGUUCAAUUUUGGUGUCCCUUCGGGCUUCUAGUGGAGCUGGGGGCCCGCAGCUUCGACUUCACUGGAUGUGCCUGGGCGGACCGGCUGA